CCUCUUGGCUUUCAGAACGCAAAAGCAGCUGGACUUGGAGAGAAUUAGGGUUAGGGCUUUUCUUGAAUCUUGAGAGCAAUCGGAACCCGAUGAUCUACGACGUCAACUCCCCUCUUUUCAGGUCCUUCCUCAGCCAGAAGGGUGGCUCCUCCGAUAAGAGGAAGAUGGAAGAGCAGAAGCCAAAGGAACACAGGCCCAAGGCCAAUGAGAACAAGCCCGUUAUGAAUGAGUGACAGCAGCCUGGCAUAGUAACUAUGGAACGCUUUAGGGGUUUAGGUUUCAUGAGUUGUACCUUUGUUAAGACAAUAUUGUUGUUAUAUGACUUGGCGUUUACACAUCUUUUUUAGCAGUUGACCCUAAAAUAGAUAUCGGAAGAAUCAAAUCUGUUGGGUAAUGUAGAUGCCGUUGGAAUGACCAGGAAAUUGUUUUCUUGGCAGUCUUAUGCAUUUUCAUGCAAAACAGGUCAGACAUGAUGUACUCAUGCUUUUGAAUAUGUAUUUGGGAUUUAAUAUUAUGCUGAGUUUUGGUA